AUGGCGGCCUCCAGGUACAGAUUGUUUAUGAGACUUUGUCAAGAAUGGAAAUUAGAUGAAUCGAAAGCUGGAAGAGAUUUGGGUUAUGUUAUUCGAGAAAAAGUUGCAGAAGGCUUCAGACAAGGAGAGUCUUCAACCAUCAAUGAAACGAAAUGCACUAAAGCAUACAAUGCGUUACAGAACAUCCACCUGAAUAUUCAUAAAGAAAAAUAUCCGUUCACGAGACAGAGUGGGAGUAUGAACAAACCGUUAGAGAAUUGUUCAGCCCUGAUAUCAAACGAAGGUUUGGAAACAUUUAAAUGAUGCUUUGGGAAGGACCAGUGAAGUGAGGAUUGUUUGACAAUGUCCAUGGCGGUGAAACUGUCUAAAUGUGUUUUAUGUAAUCUUUUUGUGACCUUGACAUCAUUCAGUGUUAUUGAGAACUUUCCCUGUAUUCUGUUACCAAACGAUCAAUAUAUAAUCAAAAGGUAACUGAACAGGACCAUAACUAAAGGUGGGAGAUUAGGCGGACAGUGUUGAAAUGUGUGUUUACAUGUAUUAAAUUGUGAAAAUAAAGCAAUUAAUGUCCAUUCUUUAUC